CAGACAAAAAAAGGCAUGAGAACACACAGUGGGAAACAAUGGUUUUAGAAUAAUGGUAAUAAAUUAACAAGAUAUGAAGUAAUGUUGUGACCACUAAAAGAUUGGAGGUUCACAGUUUCACAGUCACCUUCAAACUCGUUCUGAGUGAGGCUAGAUAGGUAGACGUUUCAAUUCAACCUCAUUCAUUCAUUCAUUAAUCUCUCUCCUCUGAGCCUAUCUGCUCUCACUUCAAUUCCCAAAGCCUAGCCUUAACCUACACCUUACAACCCAACCGGCUGUCUUUUUCCUUCAAUGACUUUUAUGCCCUUCCUUUCCUUCAAUGGCGUAACCUACGUUCUUCUCUCUCUUUCUCUCUAUCUAUCUGUCAUUCCCGAGAUACAAGACAUUAUGGGCUUAGGAAAGAGAGAGAGGUAGUAGUAGAAAUCAACGUUAAUCUUAAACAGCGUCGUUAAAUCUACUAUGUAUGCACCAAAAUCAAUGGCACGAAGGGGGGGCCAUUUGGGCAAUUAUUGUCUUCUCGUAAAAAUUCUACACGUCUUGGAACGAAGACGACGAAACCUAAGCCUCUCUCUGUGCCGCUAACCGCCAUGUUUUCAGAGAUGUUCUGCACCAAAAACAAUACGCAUGUUAAUCCUCUCUCUCAACUCUCAACCAUUUUGUUUCUCCCUACCUACUCUAUAAAAAGAGUACACCACACCACACCUCCUUCACAACCCAUCAGACUAACAGCACUGUGUGGUGUAGUAGUAUACUAAUAAUCAAAUAAAAAACAACCCUUUAAUUGCCUCCUACUAUAAUACUACUACCCAAACCCCCCAUUACCAUUGAUUUAAUAUAUUAUCUUCAAGAGAGAAACAAGUUAAGAUGGAGAGUGGAAAUGAAGAGUUGGAGAUAGGAGGGUCUAAUGGGGUUGCAGCCAGUUCACGGUGGAACCCUACAAAAGAGCAAAUAACCAUGCUAGAGAACCUGUAUAAGCAGGGAAUAAAGACUCCCAGUGCUGAGGAGAUACAGCAGAUAACUGCUAGGCUUAGGGCGUAUGGUCACAUCGAAGGAAAGAAUGUCUUCUACUGGUUUCAGAAUCACAAAGCUAGGCAGCGACAGAAGCAGAAGCAAGAAACCAUCGCUUACUUCAAUCGCUUUCUUCAUACUCCUCAGCCCUUUUUCUCUCCCUCAAUUUGUCCAAACGGCCUGUGCCCUCCAUAUUGCAUACCUCAGGUGCAGAGUGAAAAUGGGUUUUAUCCCCCACAUUCAAAGGUGCUUGUACCAGUGGGUUUUAGGAGAAGACCAUCUGAGAUAUUUGUGCCCACAGACAUGUCAAACGUUAUCAGCAACGGUCCGCUGUUAUACGAAGGCAUGCAAGAGAGAAUCUCGGAUUGCAACUUGAGCUACAGUAACCAACAAACGUUGGAUCUUUUUCCUCUGCACCCAACUGGUAUUUUGGAAGGGAAAACAACAUACCAGGUGUCUUCUCUGGCUUCAGUUUCUGCUGAUAGUUCCAUUGAUAUCAACGAAAAUGAUCCUUCCCCUCUUAACCAACCCUUCUUUGAUUUUUUUACUACUUCUGGACAAGGUUCUUAGAGACUUGUUUUCUGUCGUUAGCUUAAACUUCUAACAUGCAACUUUGAAUUCCCAUGGCUCAUCACUGAAAUGUGUUUAUCAUGCCUUUCAGUUCAUUGUAAUGAGA